UUUCACACACACACACAAAAAGGUGGAUUUCCUGUUAAAAUGCCACUUAAAUGCUAUUGAAAUUUGCAAAACCCAAAAAAAAUUAAAUAAAAAAUCUAUCCCAAAUCGUCACCCCCUUUACGCGCGCGCGCAUGUGUCUGUAUGAGCAGCAUCCUGCAUAUCUUUGUUCGUGUCUUCAUCAGAUUUGUGUUGAGAUGAACUUGCGCUCUGACUCCUCUGGCUUUGCGCGACCCUAUAGCCCACCUGCGUCUGGAGAGUAUUUUUAAAAGCAGGGCACGAGCGCGAGCGCGUCGCGUAAAGCGCACCACUUCAAAAGCUUCUAAAGCUCUUCACUUAAAUCGGACAAUGCGCGUGGACACGUCGGGUCUUUGAGAACCGUGCAGACCGCACUCGUCUUUUUGUCGGAGUUACCAGAUCUUAGACUCUCACUUGGGCGGAUAGAGAGACGGAUCUCCACCGGGAUCUCCUCGCACCGCGACUGUACCUGGAGAAUCCGAUCCACUCAAAUAGAACACAGAGGAGAGUCCUGUGGAGUCUGUCCUUCUUUCACCCAGCGAGAGACUGCUGAGUUUAUAUUCAGUUUAAACUCAUAUUAGCACAUCUUCCAUAACUCUGACCAGCAGCAUGUGGGACAUCAAAAGGUUAUGAGUGCACUUACAGCUUGGUGAUCCACAUAGACAAGCCAAUGAGAGGAUGGCCAGAGGUCACAUGAUCUACAGAAGCGCCUACCAGCCGGUACUACUGAUUCUACUGAGCGUGCUCCAGCUGGCGCAUACACAAAGUCCUCCUCAGUUCACUCGGACACCCGUUGAUCAGAUAGGGGUACAGGGGGGCGUGGCCUCCUUCGUAUGUCAAGCCACAGGAGAUCCACAGCCUAAAAUCACAUGGAGCAGAAAAGGCAAAAAAGUCACCAACCAGAGAUUUGAGGUGAUCGACUUUGAGGAUGGUUCAGGGUCUGUGUUGCGAGUGCAGCCACUGCGGACCCCCCGUGAUGAGGCUGUGUAUGAAUGUGUGGCAUCUAACGAAGCAGGAGAGAUCAGCGCCUCCACCCGUCUGAGUGUUCUCCGCGAGGACCAGCUUCCCACUGGUUUCCCUUCUAUAGAUAUGGGCCCUCAGCUGAAGGUUGUGGAGCGUUCUCGCACCGCUACCAUGCUGUGUGCAGCCAGUGGAACACCUGACCCUGAGAUCACCUGGUUUAAAGAUUUCCUCCCCAUAGAUACACACACUCAUGGCCGGAUCAAACAGCUACGCUCAGGUGCACUUCAGAUUGAUCAGAGUGAAGAAACCGAUCAGGGUAAAUACGAGUGUGUCGCGACCAACAGUGAAGGAACGCGCUACUCAACACCAGCUAACCUUUAUGUCAGAGAGUUAAGAGAUGUGCGUCGCAUCCCUCCUCGCUUCUCAGUGCCACCGAUGGAUUAUGAGAUCAUGCCGGGAGGAAGUGUGAAUAUCUCCUGUCAGGCAGUGGGCGUUCCCAUGCCAUAUGUCAAAUGGAUGCUGGGAGCAGAGGAUUUGACUCCAGAAGAUGACAUGCCUAUUGGGCGGAAUGUUUUAGAGCUCACAGAUGUACGCCAGUCUGCCAACUACACGUGUGUGGCCAUGUCCACUCUCGGAGUUAUUGAAACUGUUGCCCAGAUCACAGUUAAAGCCCUUCCCAAUCCUCCAGGAGCUCCGGUUGUCAUGGAGCGAUCUGCCACCAGCAUUACUCUAAUGUGGGACAGUGGAAAUCCACUUCCUGUAUCUUACUACAUCAUUCAGUAUCGUCCCGCCUCCUCCACCGACCCCUUUAAAGAAAUUGAUGCCAUAGCAACAACUCGAUACAGCGUGGGUGGACUCAGCCCCUACUCGCAAUACCAUUUCCGGGUUGUGGCGGUGAAUUCGAUUGGCCGUGGCCCACCGAGUCAAACCGUGGAAGCUCGCACAGCAGAACAGGCGCCUAGUUCCCCUCCUCGUCGUGUCAGAGGUCGUAUGCUGAGUGGUUCCACAGCAAUGGUGCAGUGGGAGGAGCCAGAGGAAGCCAACGGUCAGGUGGUUGGUUACAGGGUGUAUUACACCUCGGAUUCGUCACUAUCUGUGAGCCAAUGGGAGAAGGAAAUGGUUCGAGGGACGAAUUUUCUGAACAUACGAGACCUGACACCGAACAAAACCUAUUAUAUAAGAGUUCUCGCUUUCACUGCAGUGGGAGAUGGACCUCUUUCCAGUGAUCUGCACAUCAUUGCCAAGACAGGAGUCCCAUCCCAGCCCACAGAACUGAAGGCAGAGGUGAAAUCAGAGACCAGCAUUCUUCUGUCGUGGAUCCCUCCUGCUCACAGUGGUACUGACGCUAUCACUGGUUAUGAGCUCAUUUACAGGCUUGGAGACCAGCCAGAGCAGAAAAUAUCAUUUGAUCCGAGCUCCAGUUAUCUGCUGAAGAAUCUGAAGCCGUUUUCCACCUACAUAUUUCAACUGGCAGCACGCAGCAAACACGGCCUGGGGGCAUUCACCAGUGAAAUCACCGUUCAGACUCCACAAACACAGUCCAUACCCCCUCCCCAAGAAGUCACAUGCAUAAGCCCCUCCUCCACAAGUCUAUUGCUCAGUUGGGCUCCACCCCUGACAGAUGAAAACACAUGCAUAACAGGAUACUCCAUCAGAUAUGUGGCAGUGGAACGGGAGAAAGACCCUGUACAGAAGAUCUCGGACAUCCCAUCUAACUGUUUCCGAUAUCGGGUUGAGGGGCUGAAGAAAGGGACCCUGUACUCUGUGACAGUUGCUGCCCACACUGACACAGGUCAAGGGCCUGAGAGCCUACCAAUAUUGAUCCGCACAGAAGAAGACGUGCCCAGCGCACCGCCGCAGAGUGUGGAUGUGGUGGUCUUAAAUGCCACCUCUGCCAGAGUGUCAUGGAAACCUCCAGUUGCUGAGCGACAGCAUGGAAAGAUUCGAGGUUACCAGGUGACAUACGCCAGACGAACAGCAGGGGAGAGAACAGUCUCUCCCAGAAUUAGGGAACUCCUACUGAGAGACCCGCAGCCACAGAACGGCUCGAAACAAUAUGACCUAAUUUUGACUGAUUUAUGGCCGAACACUGAAUACUCUGUGACUGUGGCUGCAUUCAACUCAAAAGGCGAUGGAGCACGUAGCAAACCUACAGUCAUCAGAACUAAACCAUCACUGCCAGGUAUGCCCGUGCUUACAGUUGCACCAUCAGAAGAUGGCACUGCACUGCUGAAAUGGCAGCCUCCUCCUGUGGGUCUGUCCCCAGUGCUGGGCUACAGGCUCUCAUAUGGCCAGGCCGACCCGACCUCAGACUCCUUCAUGGUGCAAGAGCUAAACGCAGAGGAGCGCACCUACAGCAUCCCAUCUUUGAGCGCAGGGGUGCUGUACGUGUUCCGUCUGGCCGCGCGUACCAUCUGGGGUUAUGGUUCAAGCGCUCAGGUCACCCUUUUAACACCAAACGUGGUGCAGACAACCACAGAUGACAUGGUAACAGCCCCGUGGACAACAGAUGCUUUAAAUGUGAGCGUACAGGAAACCGUUCCGCUUUUAGCUAACUUAACAGCCCAAGACAUCAACUCCUCUUCUGUGAUCCUGAGAUGGGAGCGACCUAAAAACUAUGACUGGAUCCGAGGUUACCGUGUGUGGUUCGCUGUCACCUAUAGUAAUGGCACGGACAUUGCCAUGGAAUCAGACGUUUCGGAGGCCACAGUGGUUCUUCAUGGCCUAAAGCCAAACACUGAGUAUGUGGCGAGAGUGUGUGUGCUUAGCAAACACGGCCCUGGGCCCUAUAGUCUCCCUAUAUCCAUCAAAACACAACCAGCACAGGAAGUGUUUGCUGUGAACUUCAGAGUGAAAGCUGCUAUGAAGAGUUCAGUGCUGCUGACCUGGGAGUCACGAACCACUACUAAUAAAGCACAGUCUCUUAUUAUCUCAUAUGGUGAUGGUGAGAGUGUGGAGGUGGAUGGGCGGCUCGGGCAGAAGUUGGUGACUAAGCUGAAGCCCCAGUCUCUCUACACCUUCAUGUUAACUAGUAAAGCUGAUGCCACUGGAGGCCUGCAGCACCGUGCAGAUGCAAUGACAGCUCCAAACCUGCUGACUAGGAAACCCCAGGUUCUGGACAAGACCAGCUCUCAGAGCAUCGCUACCCUGCAGCUGCCCACUGUCCAGGGACAGGCUAAUGUCAGGGGUUUCUACAUUGUGGUUGUCCCCCUAAAGAGGCAGAGAGGAGGAAACUUCCAGAACUUAUGGAGUGAUCCAGAUGAGAUGAACAUUGAUGAGCUGCUGAGGGAGAUUAAUGGCACCGGUCGCUCUGUGCGUCUACGGAGGCAGGCCGAGGCAAAAGCAUACAUCAGCGCUCAUUUCCAGAAUCUUCCAGCUGAAUUCAAACUAGGAGACGGACGCGUGUAUGGAGCAUUCCUAAACCGGCCGCUUGUAAACGGACAGGAGUGUGUGUGCUUCGUGCUGGCUAUUCUUGAACUGGGCCAGAAUACCGUGUACUCCACGAGUCCAUUCUCUGAUGCCGUGCUAUUCUCUGAUGUUGAGCCACAGCCAAUCAUUGAUGAGGAGGAGGGGCUUCUUUGGGUGGUGGGGCCAGUCCUGGCGGUCAUUUUCAUUAUCAGCAUUGUCAUCCUCAUCCUCCUCUUUAAAAGCAAACCAGACAGGAAGCGGGCAGAGCUGGAGGGCAGGAAGUGCAGCUUUCCCAGCAGCAGUAAAGCCAUGAGUUCCCAGCAUCCAUCUGACCCAGUGGAGCUGCGUAGAAUCAACUUCCCAACGGCGGGCAUGACCAGCCACCCUCCAGUGUCCGUCUCAGAACUGCCAGCUCACAUAGAGAGGAUGAAAGCCAAUGACAACCUGAGGUUCUCUCAAGAGUAUGAGUCUAUUGAUCCAGGGCAGCAGUUCUCAUGGGAACAUUCUAACCUUGAGAUUAACAAACCAAAGAACAGAUAUGCCAACGUCAUCGCCUACGACCACACCAGAGUAGCACUUUCCAACAAUGAUGGUGUUCCUGGCGGUGACUACAUCAAUGCCAACUUCAUAGACGGUUACCGCCGACAGGGCUCAUACAUCGCCACCCAGGGCCCCAUGCCAGACACGUUUAGUGACUUCUGGAGGAUGGUGUGGGAACAACACACAGCAAAUAUCAUCAUGAUUACCAAACUUGAGGAGAAAUCCAGGAAUAAAUGCGAUCAGUACUGGCCCAGCAGAGGCACAGAGACGUACGGAUUGAUGCAAGUCAAUUUACUGGACACGGUGGAGCUCGCGACCUACUGCGUCAGGACUUUUGCUCUUUUUAAGAGCGGGAGUGGCGAGAAAAGGGAGGUUCGUCAGUUCCAGUUUACAGCCUGGCCAGAUCAGGGGGUACCUGAACACCCCACUCCCUUCCUGGCCUUCCUCAGACGGGUCAAAGCCUGCAAUCCCCCAGACGCUGGGCCUAUUGUGGUCCACUGCAGUGCUGGUGUGGGCCGAACGGGCUGCUUCAUUGUGAUCGAUGCCAUGUUGGAGCGUGUGAAGCAGGAGAAGACGAUAGAUAUUUAUGGUCACGUGACUCUGAUGCGAUCUCAGCGAAACUACAUGGUGCAGACAGAGGAGCAGUACGUCUUUAUUUAUGAAGCGCUGCUGGAGGCUGUUUCCUGCGGCAACACAGAGGUCCCAGCACGCAAUCUUUAUGCCUACAUCCAGAGACUGUCACAGACAGAACCGCCGGAGCACAUCAGCGGAAUGGAGCAGGAGUUUAAACGCUUAGCUAAUGCCAAAGCGCAUAACUCCCGAUUCGUCAGUGCAAGCCUUCCGUGCAAUAAGUUCAAAAACCGAUUGGUCAAUAUCAUGCCAUAUGAGACCACCCGUGUGUGUCUGCAGCCAAUCAGAGGAGUGGAGGGCUCAGACUAUGUCAAUGGCAGUUUUAUAGAUGGCUACAGGCAACAGAGGGCGUAUAUUGCGACUCAGGGGCCGCUGGCGGAGACCGUUGAAGAUUACUGGAGAAUGCUUUGGGAACAUAAUUCUACUAUAGUAGUUAUGCUUACUAAACUCAGAGAAAUGGGAAGGGAGAAAUGUCAUCAGUACUGGCCGUCUGACAGGUCAGCACGCUAUCAGUACUUUGUGGUGGACCCCAUGGCGGAGUACAACAUGCCUCAGUAUAUACUCCGAGAGUUUAAAGUCACAGAUGCAAGGGACGGUCAGUCCAGAACAGUCCGGCAGUUUCAGUUCACAGACUGGCCAGAGCAGGGCGUACCCAAAUCUGGUGAAGGCUUCAUUGAUUUUAUUGGUCAAGUGCACAAAACAAAGGAGCAGUUUGGUCAGGAUGGACCGAUCACGGUACAUUGCAGUGCUGGUGUUGGGAGGACAGGUGUAUUUAUCACUUUGAGUAUAGUGUUGGAGAGGAUGCGAUACGAAGGAGUGGUUGACAUCUUCCAGACUGUCAAAAUGUUGCGCACUCAAAGACCAGCCAUGGUGCAGACAGAGGAGCAGUACCAGUUCUGCUAUCGAGCAGCGCUGGAAUACCUGGGCAGUUUUGAUCACUAUGCAACAUAAAACCUUCCCCUGGACCAAGGGCCACAUCAUUACACACGAGACCUGCGUCUGAUCAAUCUGACAGCCUCUUUCUGUUGCCCACAGCUCAAGAGUCUGUUUGAUUUCUCCCGACAGCACACAGUUUAAUAGCCAGACAGGGAGGGCAGCUGGGAUACAGAUUUGUCACAACAAAUUGUUGCUCCAAUCAUAUAGCUGAAAGUUGUCAGGUCAUAAAACUCUGGCAACCGGCCAGCAGAUCCAAUGAAAUCACAGGAACCCAACAAUGUGCUGUCUGGACUGAUUCAACAGACCAAAACCGAGGGAGAAAACAAUCAAGCAGUUUGAUGGUAUCAUCAUUUGUUUCAAUACCAGAACCCCCCAAAAAUACAGUUUAUUGAGGAAUGCAUUGAGGGUUUAGAGUUUCCUCUGCUUUUGUCACCAGUCGUAUAGUGGAUCCACCAACUCACUAAAGUCAUACAUACGAAAUUAAAUUCAACGACACCCCAAGUAUUGGUGCUUAUGCCAGUAUCCUGUUUGUUUAUCUGUUGCACACACACAUAAAUAUAUACACAUAGAUACAUAUCUAUCACAGAUUUAAGACAAGGAAAAAUCACAAGCUGAAAAUGGAGAUUUGUCUAAAAAACUGUGCAAUAUUGAACGUGAACCGCACCUUCAAGCUUAAAACCACUCAAGUAUUAAACAUAUUCUCACUGUAAUUAUAUUGUCUCUUUAAUCCUAUAUAGUAUAAAAUAUAAAACAAAUUGUCAUUAUGCAUAUUAGCACAAUAUAUAUAUAUAUAUAUAAUAUAAAUAAGUUGUCAAUGUAUUGAGUGAUAUUUAUACUAUGUGAGUGAGGUACUUGUCAGUUCACAUAAGGUAUGAAAAGUACCAUUUGCAGUAAUAUAUUUUUUUUCCACUAAACUUACCAAAACAACUAUUUACAUGCAGGAUUGGAAGAACAAAUGUUGCACUCUAAACAUGAGGUGACACGUUUAAAACAAUGACAUAAUGGAUCAUCUGACACUGGUAGUGCCUUAUCAUAGUCACAUGUUUAAAAUGGUUCGCUAUUAAAGUUAAAUGUUCCACAUGUAUGGAUAUUAACCUGCUUUUAUGUAAAAAAUAAAUAAAUAUAUAUAUAUAUAAUGCUUAAUAAAACCUGAAGUAAAUACAGUUACAUCUUACAGAGUGAAUUUGAAUAUAUAUUUCACACCAAGACCAAUUUUAAGUACCGGGGUGGUUUAUUCAUUCAAGUGAAGUACUGCCAAGAUGACUAGACAAUUCUAUUACUGAAAGCCAAUAUGUGUCCAUUUUUGAGAGGACACACAUUUAUUGAAUCUAUAUUGGGCCAAGAGAACUGCAUAUUCCAUUUCAUGUAUAAUAGCGAUUAUAUUAUAAAUGAUUUGUAAUUGAAAUUAUAACUGAGUAUAGAACAGGAAAUAGUUUUCUCACUUUCAGUCCAUACCGCUGCAGGAAACGUGUAUUUCUAACUGUUAAUGUCUGCAAUCUGGUUUAUCAGCCUUGAAAUAGUAUUAAUGAUGUUAGUGUGUUAACAUCAAGAUAAAGAACAUUUUUCAUGCUGGUGAGGAUGCAUUCGAAAGGGGGAUUUUAAAAGCCAGAGCCAGUUGAACUAAAUUACAUUUUAAAAGACGUUUCACUAGAAGUCUGAUGUCCAGAUUUUGAUUCAUAAAACAUUGCAUGAUAAAUUAGAUCUGCAACUUUGGGAACAAACUUGCACAUAGAAAUGGCCCAAUUGUGUCUAGAUCAAUAUCAUGGACCGUAACAGUCGUAUGGUUAUGGUUUGGGAUAUAACUGCACUCUUGUUCUAUGCACUAACCCUUACUAUUUCUUCAACACAGAAUGUUAUUUGUAUUGAAUGAGAUGAAUUUCACAGUGUGUGCAUGUUAAGAGAAAAAUGAGUUUUGGUUCCAAAGCUUAAGACAAUAUGUGCAUAUUGUUAUUGUUGAAAACUUUAGAUGAUAGAGUGGUUUAAUAUGAGUGGUUGUCCUUCUAGUCCAGUGGUAAUAGUCAUCAUUCAGUAAUUCCAAGAAAGUCUGGUCACUGCGAACUUCAGCUCAUUGUACGUUCGGUGUAAAGAAAUGUUUACCUUUCUUUGCAGCAUCUUUGUCUUUGUGUACUUUUUUUUUUUUAACCGGAGUUGAGUCAGUUUUGUAUUUGAAAUCUAACAUGCAAUUCUUCCAUUAUCUACCUUCUCCAUAUUGUUACACUUUACAACAUAUAUAUUUUACAACCAAGUUUCAGGGUUUUUCAAAUUUCAACUUUAGUUGAAACUAGCUAUGCUUAUAUUUUCAAGAGGAUAUCAGUUAGCGUUUCAGUCUAUGCUGAUCUGUCAGUGUUUUGAGGAAAAAGAAGAAAAAAUCAUCUAUUUUCCAGUGCAUGACAGUCCCCAUUUGUACAGAUGUGAAGGCACCAUUAGAUUUUGAUGAAUCAUGACAUUGUUUCAUGUGAAAAAUAAACUAGCACAAUCUAUAUCAUGUAAUCUGACCAAAUAUGCAUUGUAUCACCAUUUUCAUAUUGUCGAACGUUGUGAGUGGUUUUACAAUUUCACCCAUCAAUUAAUGUGAAACACAAAAGGGAAAUCUUUUACCUCUGAUUUUGUAGUAAAUGUAAAUAUUUCAGAGGAUGUUCUUUUUUUUUUUAAUUUUCCUACUUUAUGUUUUAAGGACAGGUGUGUGAGAAUACAAUUGUAUUGGAAAAGUUUUAUUUGUUACAAAUAAAAUGGUAAGAAUA